UCCAAUUUUGGCUGAACUUUAUUCCAGAAUCCUGCCCCCUCUCCCCACCCCCACCGCAACCUUUCAAUUAGAUUGAAAAUGAAGAAAAGAAGGUCUCCCAAAUCAGUAUACCUCUGCUACAAAAAGACAGCCUAAUUAACUCAUAGUACCAACCACAAACCUGGACCAAACAUUCCUACCUCGGUUACCACCCCACCCCCACCUCUCUCCAUCUUUAAAGCUCUUCUUUCCCAAUGCCCCAUCCUCUUAACUCCUCUCCACUUCUCCUCUCCCCACAUGAAUGGAUUUUCACACCACGAUACCUCAUCAGCACAACAAGUACAAACAUGCCUUCUCUCUCUUCCUCAAUCUCUCUUUCCUCUUCUUGCUCUCUCUCUACAUCAUCUCCAAGAAUCCCACCUCCAUUCACUUGAUGAAGAACACUGAUCGUGAUGAUCAGGCCGGCAGUACUGGAACGUGCAGCGACGUUCGUGAGCUCGUCGAUCGUAGAUCAAAGUGUGCGUACGUAAAGUCCCACAGCAGCUGCUGGGGUAAAGGCUACCUGAAUUAUCUCCAGAUCUUCUACUGCAGUUGCAUGAACAUGCCUGCUGUCGGAUACUCGGCUCUUCUCCUGUGGCUUGCGGUGUUGUUCUACGUUUUGGGGAACACCACUUCCGACUACUUCUGCCCGUCUGUUGAGAGCCUGUCGAGAGUGAUGAAGCUGUCCCCGACGAUAGCUGGUACCACGCUCCUCCCACUUGGCAACGGCGCCAACGACGUUUUCUCGAGCGUAAUCUCGUUUACUCGCGCUGGGGACGCGGACGUCGGCCUCAACAGCGUGCUCGGUGGCGCAUUCUUCAUCUCGUGUUUCGUUGUCGGGAUCGUUAGUAUUUCGAUAUCUUCACGAGGGAUUAGAGUCGACAAAAACAGCUUUGUCAGGGAUGUACUCUUCUUCGUUUUGGUUCUCUGUUCUCUCCUCGUGAUCGUUGCAUAUGGGAGGAUCAAUCUCUGGUUUGCCUUGUGCUUUCUUGCUGUCUACUUUCUUUACAUUGCGGUUGUUUCUGUGAUGCAUUUGUUCUGUCAUAAGGAGGAAUUGGCGGCUGUCUCGUCGGUUUUAGAUGAAUUUGGGGCAGUCGGAAUACCAUUGCUGGGCAAUGUUGAUGAGGAAAAGGGCCUGGAAUCAGGAAAGGGUUGUGAUCAUAAAGCUCAAGAACAGGAAUCAGGAGGUGGAAUGGGGUGUCUGAAUAUCGACAAGUCAUCGUGUUAUUACUGGAGUAGUUUGUUCUUCUAUGUUUUAGAAUUGCCACUUUACCUGCCAAGAAGACUCACAAUUCCUGAUAUAAGUGAAGGAAAAUGGUCUAAGCCAUUCGGUGUAAGUUCAGCAUCAUUAUCACCAAUACUAUUAGCUGCCCUUUGCAGCACACAAGGCGAAAGCGUCGAUAUUAAGGCCAAUUUGGGAAUUUUUUUGGCAUCAAUCAUAGUCGGGACUGUUCUUGGGACGUUGGCGUUCGUUUCAACCAAGAAUUCCGGCCCACCAACGAGAUUCCAAUUCCCUUGGCUGGCCGGAGGAUUCUUAAUGAGCAUCGUUUGGACAUACAUCAUAGUCGAGGAACUAGUUUCUCUAUUGGUUGCAUUGGGCAACAUUCUUGGAAUAAGCCCUUCAAUCUUGGGAAUCACUGUCCUAGCAUGGGGGAAUUCACUAGGGGACUUCAUAUCCAACUUGGCUAUGGCAUUAAAAGGGGGUGUGGACGGGGCACAAGUAGCAGUGUCAGGAUGCUACGCCGGUCCAUUGUUCAACACAUUGGUGGGAUUAGGAUUAUCACUUGUAUCCGCGGCAUGGCGGGAGUACCCGAAUGGGUACGCAAUCCCGGGGAAUAUUCAUGAUCUAUACGAGACUAUAGGGUUCUUGAUGGGGGGAUUGUUGUGGGCACUUGUGAUAUUGCCAAAGAGGAAUAUGGAGAUGGACAAGUCUCUAGGUAUUGGCUUAUUGGCAAUAUACUUGUGCUUUGUGUUCCUAAGGGUUAUAAAGGGUGUUGGGCUACUCAAGCUAGGAGAAUAGGAAUCAACCCUUCUUUUGGUUGAACUUCAAAGAGGUGGACAUUAUUCUCCAAUGUUGUCAAUGUAGCAUGUCCAUAAGUACUAGGUUGUAAUUAUUUUACCCACCCUAGAAAUUAAUGUGUACCUAACUUCAUUUUUACUUUGAUUUUUUAGUUUGGGUCUGAAGCUGCAUUGACUACGAUUAUGUAAAACACUAUUUUCAUGAAUUUUUGCCCCUGACAUUUAAUAUAAACAAUCAUCACUGUAAAA